ACUCGACAAUUUGGUUUAUAAAGGCUCAUAAAACUAACCAUGGUAAUACAAUAAACCUCGACGAAAGUCCAAAAAGUCUUUAAGAAAAUGGGCCAUGAGCGAAAAGCCUUGUCGAACUAUCACUAGGCUCAAAACUAACCUUGGCAAUACCCUACACCUUUACGAAACCCUAAUCUAAUGUGGGUGGGUGUUUAAGCCCUAAAAUGUUCUGAGAAUAUGGGCCAUGAGCGAAGCCUUGUCAGACUAUCACUAGGCUCAAAACUAACCAUGGAAAUACCCACUGCAAGCCUCUACGAAAGCCUUAUCAAUGUGAGUGUGUGUGAGUGUAACCAAGCCCUGAAAUGUUUGAGAAUAUCAGAAAUGGAGUUGAAAUUAUUGCGUGUGAGGUACAAAGCCUUUUCAAGCUAGCAUUAGGCUCACAAAACUAACCAUGAUAGAACCCAAAACUACGUAAGCCUUAAAUAUGGGUGUGUGAGCCCUGGAAAUGUUAGUGAUGAAAAUGGAGUUUGAUAAUUGUGUGCGGGGUACGAAAAGCCUUAUCAAAACUAGUACUAAGGCUCAUAAAACUAACCACCAUGGAACUACGGAAGCCUAAUCAUAUAUGUAUGGGUGUGUGUAUGCCCCUUAGUGUUGGAUGAUGAUGGAAAUGGAGUUUGAUAAUUGUGUGCGGGGUACGAAAAGCCUUAUCAAAACUAGUACUAAGGCUCAUAAAACUAACCACCAUGGAACUACGGAAGCCUAAUCAUAUAUGUAUGGGUGUGUGUAUGCCCCUUAGUGUUGGAUGAUGAUGGAAAAAGGAGUUCGAUAAUUUUGUGUGCAGUACGAUAACGGCGUCGAGGAAGAGGAUGUAAACAAACCCACGGUCAUUUCAUCGUCAGGAGUCAGAGAGGGAGGAGGUCAGGUCUUUGCUCCGUUUUCCCCUGACCACGUGACCUGAAGAGCCGUAUUUCUUGACCCAGCCAAGGAAGGAAGGAAGGCUUGCACACCGACCCAUGGCUUGCAGCAGAGGGCGCAGAGUUGUUCAGAUGCAAAUUCCUGGCAGAGCGUCGAGGGGGCGUGAAGGGAGCAGCGGAUAGGAGCCAAGAGAGGUCGUCGGCGGCGGAAGGAACAGCAGACCAAGGCGGGAGCGAAGGUCAUCGUUGGUAGUAUGGAUGAGCCUGAGACCGCACUUGUGGCCACCUCGCACGUUGCAGAUCGACUCCUUUUUGGCAGAGGAGGAAGCUAACAGUUUAACAAAAAAGGUCUCGAACACAGGGGCCAUGAACUACCCGUCCACCACGCAGGCACUCUUCGCGCUUAUCGUCAUGAUCAUUGUGCUGCUCUUCAUCCUGGUCUACUGCUGCUGGGGCACCUUCGCGUGUGCCCGCCAAGACGAGGCCGCGGCGCCCACCCCCGAGGACGCGGCGGGACCCAACGGGCAGAACGGUGUUAGACACAUUCUGCGGGGACCGCACACCGUCAUCGUGCCCAUCAACAACAUGAUCUAUGUGGGCGACCCGGAGACGCACCAGAUAUAUCAAAUUCCGCUGGACCGCGACAAGCCCCCAGCCUACACUGAGGUCUUCCGCGCCGGUCCCCCGCCCCCCUACAGACCCGAGGCAGAGGUCACCAGCAGCAGCACCACCACCACGACCACCACACCCAGGCAAAACGACAACAGAACUAUGCUUCCAGAGAACCCUCCACCCUACGACGACUGUCUCUCAACCGCAGCGGAGGAGGGUGAGGGGCAGCAAGGGAGUUCACAGGCGGCAUCCAGUUCUCCACAGCUGCAGGAGGUGGCAUCAGGGUCUCAAGCUCCUCUGGCCACUCUGUUGUCAUCUGCCAUUGCGUCCCAUCGGCCCCCGCCACCCGCGCCUGACCCAGAGACACAGAACUCGUCUCCCCCAAAAGCAGACGUGGUUUUGACGGUCAGCAAUUUGUCUGAGGCCACACAGGCAUCCUCACAGGUGUCCGCAGAGGCAGGGCCCAGCAACGCGCCGCCCACCACCUUUCAUAUGUGAGCUGGGAAGAGCCGCCGCCACUUGACUGCCUCGAGGUUAGACUUUGCUGCGCCGCCACUGUGACCGUGAACCUUGUGGUGAGUCGUCACGCACAUGGGCGUACUCAAAGCUUGGCAAGAGCAGAAAGAUCAAGAGAUCAAGAAAUGUGCACCGAGGUGCGUGUAACCCAGGUGAGAGUCUUGGUGUAUCCUAGUGAUGGUCAGUGAUGUGAAGCCUUAUUAAUAGGUGUAGAGACAUAUGUGUGAAGGAUACCUCAGAAGCUUGAUCUGUGAAGCCUCAGUCAACCUGCCGACACACAGAACGAUCAAAGUUCCUAUUACUUUGACUCAAACACUCCCGGAGGGUUACGUCAUGCCUAAUCCAGAUCGACUAUAGUAUUUCCACGAGAAACAGGCGGAUCGGGUAGUGGCGGGUGCGACCCCGCUCCGCACCCGCAUCUUGCCACACACUUUCAACACCUCUCGCUUCCUCUCAUAUGUCAGCUAUUUACUACCUUUAAAUGAAUUUGAUUAAAUAAUUGGAUAAUCCAAUAAGGUCAUAUAGUGUUAAGAUUGAUUCGUUUUUAGGAUAAUAAUAAAGCUUUUGUAUAAAUACCAUGACAUUUAACAACGUUGGAAUACAACGGUGUCAAGUGUCGUGGUAUUUAUACAAAAUCUUUGUUAUUAUCCUAAAAACGAAUCAAUCUUAACACUAUAUGACCUUAUUGGAUUAUCCAGUUAUUUAAUCAAAUUCAUUUAAAGGUAGUAAAUAGCUGACAUAUGAGAGGAAGCGAGAGGUGUAGAAAGUGUGUGGCAAGAUUCGGGUGCGGGGCGGGGCCGCACCCGCCAGUUUCUCGUGGAAAUACUAUAACGCAAUAUGCAUUGUGUUCCUUGGAUUUUAGCUUUGGUUUGUGUUGACCCGGAGAUAAUGGGUCGGGAUCUCAGGCUGCCGCUUGUGAUGGCCAAUCUAACUCUGCUCACAUACCAUAAGUUAGCUUAAGCCAGUAGUAAUAGCACUUACUGUUUAGGGGGACUUGAGAACAUGUAUCACUGGGUUUAUUUGAAUAUUCAUGGAUAUCUAGACUUAUAAGUUGUUGAGGUUUUAUGUGAGGAGGAAUUGUGUCAUAUAUACUGUGAUGACAGAUUUAAUCUUGUGCUUCAUGGUUUUAGUCAACAGAAGCAUGUUAUACUAAGUCAAAACUUUCUGAUCUUUGUAACAAACAGUAAUGAGAUAAAUAGUUAUAAGUA